ACGAGGUUUUUUGUAUUUCAGAAUUAUUUAAUUAGCAAUAAAUUGUAGUUUCGUUAUCAUAUCUAGACGCUGUGAACCCCCGAGCACAUCUGCCAUGGUUAGAGGUCGUCGUAAGGGUCGAGGAAUGACUGUAACGGAUCGCCAAGGAUCGCAGGAUAGUACUGAAGGUCCUAGGGAGAAAGAAACUAAAUUAGCGGACUAUUCACAGAAUUCACAUAAUAAUAUCAUCUUCUUCUCAAGGGAGACUGGGUCUGCUGAACGUACACGAACCCAGCUCGGUGUGCUCAACACUGCCACAACCUCUCUAGAAUAUAUUACAAGGUCUGGCUGCAACUCCCCUACCAUGCCCAUGUUGUCCCCUGAGAUGCCCCUGGACGAUCUUCAUGCUCAAGGGGGGGGUGGUCCUCCAGUACUCUCUCAAUAUGGAGAAGAGGAUCGCAGUGAUCAGGCUAGCGAGCGAUCAGAAGGAGACUCUGGAAAGGAAAAUGACGAGGAUAUCAGCAUCUCCUGGCGUGGGAGUAGGAGCAGCAUCGCGAGCAAAGCAAGUCGAUCCUCGCGUCCCCGGUCAGGGCUCUUCAACCAAUUUAACAGUAAUAAUAUUCUGGCGAGCAAGCCUGUUCUAGGAGAAACAAACAAGUCCCUGAAUACCGAAGCAACUAAAUCAGUUCUCAGUGAGACAAAUAAACAAACCCCUGCCGAAGUUAAUGUGCCAGGACCUGUAACUCGUAGCUCACAAUUAUUCAAACCUGUUCAAAAUACUGAGUCGAUUGAAGCAGUGAAUAGUUCUAUCUCUGGGAGCAGUCCCUUGUCCGAAGCAGGGAUUAGUUCUGUACCCGCUUUAGAUUUGGCGGUUACUAGACGAGCUCCAGAGUCUCCAAUCAAGUCUGGUUUAAAAUCAAUGCCACAAUCUCCGAUGUCUCCGCACAAAAUCCAGAUACCUGAUCGUACUUCAUUUGUGGAUAAAUUCAAGCAUGCCAUCUCACCUAAAACUCUUUCUAAGAAAACAAAGAGUCAAUCUCUAAGGAAGGUUGGUGGAGUGAAGAGCAGUAGGAAACAGGAGAAGCUUGUAGAAGCAGCAGAGGGAACCAGGCAGAUCACAGACUUUUUCCCUAUCAGGCGAUCUGAGAGAAAGAGUAAAAGUGAGCUAGAAAAGGAGAAGAUGGAGGGUAUUGAGGCCCGUCUCCUGGCUACUGAGGAUACAGGCCUCGACCUCGAAGUUCGAGAGAUUGAUAUGAAAGGACGAGGUGUUGUGACGCUCCGUAGCUACGAGAAGGGAGAGUUUGUUCUGGAGUAUGCCGGGGAGUUAAUAGACCGAGGAUCUGCUAAAGACAGGGAGACCCAGUACUCCCUUGACACUACCAAAGGAUGUUAUAUGUACUACUUCACACACAGGAAUAAACAAUACUGUAUUGACGCGACCCAAGAGACCGGUAGGUUCGGCCGGCUCGUAAAUCACAGCUGCAAGGCUCCCAACUGUGUACCAAAGGUGUUCACCUUAAAUGACGAGCCUAGAGUGAUCCUUGUCGCUAGGCAUGAUAUUGAGAAAGAUACUGAACUAUUAUAUGAUUACGGAGACAGGUGUAAGGAGAGCUUAAAAAACCAUCCUUGGUUGAUGCUUUGAACUGUGUCCACCCCCUCCCCCCUCCUCACUGCCAGCAUUCACUGAAGAACCCGGAUGUUUUCUCUUAAAACAGAAUACAACGAUAGUUGUAUUAUGUACCAUGUACAUUGUACAUAUAUUUAUAAGUGAAUCGACAAUGCAGACGUGCAGAAAGCAUGAUAAGAUUUUAAUAAUGUGUAAUCCGUCUGUUGUCUUGAUCAUCGCCAUAUUAAAUGAUUUUACGAGAGCAAUAGAAAUUGAGCAGCAUAUUUAAAUUAUAUAAAUAUUAACGUUUUCAUUUCUUGACAUCUACAAAAUAAUUCCUAUUGGGAAUUUUGUAUUAAAUAUUUUCAUUAUUUUAUUUUAAAAAUGAAAUUAAGAAAUGUUUGUUCGAAUGUUAGCAAUACUAAACCGUGCACUUGCUCCGCAAUUUUUUUUAUUUAAAAUUCUGGUGACCAUUAAGUUUUUCGUACAAAAAUAUCUUAUAGCGGCAUUAUUUUUUGGGGUUAUUUCAUUCAUAAAACCCCAAGUAUUGAAUUCAGAAAUGAUUCUCCAAAAUAACAUUGGUCGAUAAUCGAUAACAUUUUUCAAUCUUAAUUCUCCAUUUUAUGUAAAUUGAUUUUCUUAUACUUGAUCUCUUUUAAUUGAGGCAGAACCCCUCAGUUUAUUGUUUUGAUGCUAGACGUAAGCAUUACAGAUCUCCUUAAUGGACAAGUUGUACACUUUAACUUCAUAGAUAUGUAUUUUAGUUAUUUUGAAUUUUCUUUGUUGAAAAUCUGCAGGUUUACGUUAUAUUUUAGUUUUAAUAUUAACUUUUUCCCUUAUAAUAUUUUUCAUACACCUAAUCAAAACUAAUGUAUAGUUCAUUGUAACUAAUAUAUGAACUUCGUGUCUGGUGCCUUUGCCCAGGCAAAAAUACCGUCAGUAUUGUAAAAAGAAAAUUAUUUAUAAUCAUCUUUUAAUUUGCUUUAAACUUGAAGAAAUUCAAUCUUUUCUAGAAAAAUUGUAAGUUCAGAGCUUGUAGACUAUUUCGAUGCUGUGUGCCUAUAAUUGAAAAUCUUCAUCCAUUUAAUUUAGAAUAUUUAUUUAUUUUUUUAGCAAACUAACUUGUGUUAUUCGCGAUUUUUGGUAAGAAGUAUAAUCUACAUCACAUCCCCCCGCCUCCCCCCCCCUGACUUAUUUGAGACCAUAUUUAUACUUCAACUUCAGUUCAACCUAAAACAACUCUGAUGAAGAGUUCAACUCGUAAUUCUUUCUGUAAACUUCGUAAAUUUUCUACUAUUCAGCUGGCGUAAAUUCGAAAACUCGAUAACGCAAGUUUUAGCUUUUCUGAAACUUUUUCACAAUUGUUGUUUACUUUUCAUAUCAAUAUUUGAAAACACUAGAUCUUUUGUAAACAUUAACUCAAGAAACUGCUGGUUUAUGUUUAUUUGCUUAGUUUGUAUUUUGUUCAACUAAAUGUAUAUUUAGUAUUAAACUCCUGAUUGUGAAACAUCAAACUAUAAAUGUAAAAACUAA